ACGUGACAGGGUAUUUCCUCAGACUGGCUGGUUUGUUUUGGUCUGUGGACAAGUCCAACCUGCGAGUGUGUACGAACGAGCGUUGUGAUAGAGUUUGUAAUCCGCGAGCGUCGUCACAUUAAUUUAUUUAAUUUAUCUCUUUCGUGUCACUUACACUACAGAACAGUUUAAAAUGGCGACUGUUGUGACGAUUCUUGGUUUUCUUUGCUCUACACUGAGUGUGACGUUCAAUGCCAUUGCGAUCGCCACACCUCACUGGCUUGCUUCGAGAGGUCGCUCAAACACUGACAUCGGCGUGUUUCGACACUGUAAUGUCGACAGUGGAUAUUGCGGCGAUAUGGACAGCCUGGGAGCUAUCAUCAACUCUAAAGAUAUAGUGUGGUUCCGGACUGUGCAGGCCACUCUACUGCUGGGAUGUGUCGGAUCACUCCUGGGACUGGUCAUGUCCUUCCUCUACCAUAUCCGAUUCUUCGAGUCUCACAGCGGAUUCAAGUCUCUCACCAUUGUCAACAUCAUGACACUGUCCAUCGAGCUUGUAGCUGUUGUUCUAUUCGGCCUGGAUUGCGAGGACAUGUUUGGCCUUGAUGGCCACACGGUCGCCCUUGAUUGGUCAUUCCACGUGGCCAUUCUGGCGCUCUGCUUCAUAUUCCUCUCCAUCGUCCUUCACGCCAUGGAGGCGAGCCGUGCUGCAGACCUCAUCCGCAACAUGCAACAUCGUCUGACCGUGUGGACCACGCCCUACACCCUGUUUGUGGACCAGGACAAUGCCUAAUGGCAUACAUAUGGUUAAUUAAGGGGAUUAGGAUUUCUGAUAUGAUUGCAUCUACACAUUUAUACAGGUUUACUGUAUUGAGUUAAUUUCUACUAACGAUGCAAACCUUAUCUGCAAUACAUUAAAGGCAUUGCUAUGUGUAUCUAUCACAGCUGUUAAACUUGUUACCUAUGGUAAGUGGGGAGGGGGUUUACUGCUGUGAGAAUUAUUAAAUUUCUAAUCUCAUUGUCACUUUGGUAGUGGGCUCAUUUAUGUAAAUAUGUUGGUUAUCAAAUUUGAAACUUAUAACUAACCAUUCAAAUUGAUUACUUAAAACUGAUUCAACGAUUCUUCUUGAAAUAAUCCUGUCUGAAAUGGAUAUAAUAUAUGUGUCAUUGAUAAAUGACUAAACAGGUGAUGAAAUUUCUUUAGAAAUUGCACUUACACCAAAACAAUAAUGAAUAUUUAUUUUCUCAUGUUUAUGAUUUUAACUUGUUGUUUGUUGUAAAUAAAAAUUGAUGAUUCAUAUUAAAAGGUUCACUGCACUGCAGAAAUUACUUGCAGAAAUAUGACUUCAUGGUCUGUAUGAUAUUUCUAUGUUUUCAUGGAAAAGUAGGUAAUCCAAGUAACUUUGAUAAUGUGAAUCAAAUCCCAAAUUUACUGUAGACACAUCUUUUGAUGUAUGCCAACAUAACUAUAUAUGACAGUGUUGUUUCAAUACUUUCUGAAGAAACAACAGUAGAAUGUAUUUGAGCGCUUUCAUUAUCUCUCAUAAUAUUAUUGUGUAUGUCAACAGAAAUACUGCCAUGUGUUACACUGGAAACAGAUAUCGUCUUAUUAGUUUGUUACAAUAUUUCUACAAGCAUUUAUCUCAAGUGCCUAAAUAUGAUUCAAUAUUUCAGUAUAUUGUGCAUUCAUCUCAGAAAAAUCAAAUCGUUUUUCAAGAUUACUUAACAUGUUAAAUUUACACAUUUGGAAAUGACAUUUGGACUAUGAUAUUCCAAGUAUACGACAAUAUAUUUAUUACAUGUUUAUCUUGUUUUCAAUAUUUUAAAAUCCUUCCUUCAGUGUAUGAAAUAUCUGGUGCUUGGUACUUGUGGUAACAUUCAACGGAUGUCUGAAAGCAAGAGUAGUCUCCCUUUGGAAGGAGAGGCUAUCCACAGGAUUUUAAGAGUGCUUCAAUGUCUUCUUGUCGCUGUAUGCUCUCCAGCUCAAUUCUGUUGUCGUUUUAACAAAAGCCCAUCAUUCAAAGGGGAACUAUUGUUUGUAAUGAUUUUUAGUGUUGUGUUCUACAUUGUUAAACAGAGAUGCACAAAUAUCAUACACAGCUGAAAUAGUAUUUAUUAGACAUUAAUGUAUGGGUUUUGUUUGUGUUUCUAGAAUUGUUACACAGUGAUCACACACCUGUUACAGUGUUAGCAUGUAUCUCCACCUGAAUUGCAUUAUUUACAUUUUUACACUCUACAUAUUACAUUGUUAUGUUAUGAACUAAAAAUAUUGUCUGUCUUCCUGUUUUUACAACUUUAUCAGUUUUAAUCUUUGGACUGAAUCUGUUUUCUGAUCCGAUUCUUAAUAAUCUGAAAACUUAGUAUGAUAUUAGCCUUAAACAGUCGUAUGGUAUUAUCCUGUUUCAUGUUUGAACAAAUCUUUUAUGUGGUUACCUUAAUCUGAUAAUUUAGUAUUUAGCCCAUAUAUUAGCCCAUGAGAGUGGUAUUGAAUUGUCCUGUUUCAUGUUUGGACAAGUGGUAAUUUGUUUCCAAGGGUAUUGUCACGACCAAAGAAUGUUUUUGAGAUGAGUCAGGGCUUCCAUUAUCCUGACAAGCAUUAGGUGACUUCAGUCACUGCGAACGUCUCCAUGUCUCCAUGUAUAUAGCUGUACAUACAUGUACUUUUGGGGUAUCUUGUGUGGAAUCAUAUCAUAUUUUUCUUCCUGCAAAUAUUUUCAUGCAAAUUAGUCCAAGAAGUGGAUGUAUUUUCUUUGCCUGGUUCUAAUUAGAUCAGUUUUCAAUAUUCUCAAGCCUGGUAAUAAGCUGAGCGAGUAGCACUGAUCUUAGUAAUCGACAUCCAUGCCUACACCAGGCCCCAGAUAAUAAUGUAUAUAAAAACAAAGAGAUCACGAGGUGGUUAGCAAAACAAGCAGUAAAA